AUGAGCAACCGUGUAAGGUCUACAAUUCUUAAAAAGGUUAUAAAACCAUUACAAAAUGUAGACAGUGUAUAUAAAUGUAAAAUAUUAUCUGAAUUACAUGUAAAGCUUAAUAAAACAAAUGGCACGUAUUGUUUUGCUCUUCCAUUGAUGUCUAACCAUUAUAAUAUAACAAAUGAACUUCAAAACAUUAUCAAGAAUGAUUUAGAAGAUAUUUCUGACAUUACAGUACAAAAUGAUACUGUUUGUUUCAAUAUACCAAGAGAUCAGUAUGUAAAGACGAUUUUAGAAAGUAAUCUUUCUGGCCCAACACCACCAGUGCUUCUGCAGGAUAAUAAAAACGUUCUAGUGGAAUUUAGUUCACCAAAUAUUGCUAAACCUUUUCAUUUAGGACACUUGCGUUCCACAAUUAUAGGGAAUUGUAUUGCUAAUAUAAAUAGUUUCCUACAGAAUAAAGUUAAAAGAAUAAAUUAUUUGGGAGAUUGGGGCACACAAAUUGGUUUCAUUCAAAUGGGAAUGAAACUAACAAAUAUUGAUAGUACUGAAAUACAAACAAACCCUAUUAAAGCUUUGUAUAAAGCAUAUGUUACUGCUCAUAAAUUAGCUGAAACUGACUCAACGAUAGGAGAUCGUGCUAGAGAAUUAUUCAAAAAAUUGGAAUUGGGCGAUAGUAGCACUUAUAAAGACUGGCAAACAUUUAAAGAUUACACUGUCCAUGAAUUAACAAAAAUUUAUAAAAGAAUAGGUGUAGUUUUUGAUGAGUAUCAUUGGGAGUCUAUGUAUAAUGCUUCAACUACAAAUCACAUUAUUAAUUUGAUGGAAGACAUGCAUUUGUUAACGUUAGAUAAUAUGAACAGAAGAGUGAUACCUAUAUCUGAAAAAAGGAAUAUUCCACUUAUUAAAAGUGAUGGUUCAACUUUGUACCUAUGUCGAGACAUUGCUGCUGCUAUUGAUAGGUUUGAGAAAAAUAAAUUUGAUGCCAUGUAUUACGUAGUGGAUAGCGCUCAAAGGGAUCAUUUUUCAAACUUAGUGCAAAUUUUAAACAAAAUGAACAUACCUUGGGCAGAUCGAAUAAAGCACAUCCAAUAUGGAAGAGUUCAGGGUAUGAGUACAAGAAAAGGUACCGCAGUGUUUCUAGAAGAUAUUUUAAACGAAGUAAAAGAAAUUAUGAGAGAAAGACAAAUGAAGACACAUACAACAAAGGUUUCUUUAGACGAAACUGAUGACAGUUCUGAUAUUUUGGGUGUUUCUGGUGUUAUUAUCCACGAUUUGAGGCAAAGAAGAAUGAAAAACUAUGAGUUCAAUUGGGAUUUAAUAUUAAAUAUGAAGGGUGACUCAGGAAUAAAAUUGCAGUACACUCACUGUCGUUUAACUAGUUUGGAACACAACAGUGGUGCUAUUCUAACAACAGAAUGCGAUCCAAGCCUACUACAGGAACCAGAAGUUGAUGAUUUAAUUAUAUUAAUCAGUAAAUUCGAUGAAGUUGUACUUAAAUCUUAUGAAGAAUUAGAGCCAUGUAUACUAACAGUAUAUCUUUUCCAGUUAAGCAAUGCAAUCAGUAAAGCAUGGAAAACAUUGACAAUAAGAGGACAACCAACAGAUUUAGGAGAACAGAGACUGUUGCUGUUUCAUACAUCAAAACUCAUUCUUGCUGAGGGUAUGAAAUUACUUGGUUUGACGCCAUUAGAGAAAAUGUAAA